CCGAAUGGCUUAGAGCGGUAAAAGACCAAGGCUAAUAAGUAGUCAGUUUCGUACUACGUUUGCUUCUUCUCUUCGCUUGGGAAAAAGACACGCUGCAGCUAGGACCAAAGAUUUCUUUACAAGCGUGGCAGCAUGGAAGGUGCAGAGGAGAACAAACAUGUUAUUCGUGUUGGGACAAGGAAAAGUCAGCUGGCCCGCAUACAGACUGAUAGUGUGGUGGAAAUGCUGAGCAAGAGGUUCCCAUCUACACACUUUGAUAUUGUUGCCAUGUCUACUACUGGGGAUAAAAUCUUGGACACAGCACUUUCAAAGAUUGGAGAAAAGAGCCUCUUCACCAAAGAGUUGGAGAAUGCACUUGAGAGAAAUGAGGUCGAUCUGGUUGUUCAUUCACUGAAAGAUUUACCGACCUCCCUGCCACCUGGAUUUACCAUUGGAGCAGUGUGCAAGCGCGAGAAUCCAUAUGAUGCGGUUGUGUUUCACCCUAAAAGAUAUGGGAAUACCUUGAGCACAUUGCCUGAAAAGAGUGUAAUCGGAACUAGCUCCCUCCGAAGAGCAGCACAGCUUAAGAAAAAAUUUCCACACUUGGAGUUUAAAGAUAUUCGUGGCAACUUAAAUACAAGAAUGAAGAAACUGGACGAAAAGGAGGAUUUUAGUGCAAUUAUCUUAGCAGCAGCUGGACUGCGCCGUAUGGGCUGGGAAAACAGAAUUGGACAGAUUCUGACAUCGGAUGAAUGUCUCUAUGCUGUGGGGCAGGGGGCUCUUGCUAUAGAAGUACGAGCUAAAGACCAGGAUAUCUUGAGCAUGGUGUCUGCUCUACAGGAUCCUGAGACAGUUCUACGCUGCAUAGCAGAGAGAGCCUUCAUGAAGAGACUGGAAGGGGGCUGCAGUGUUCCAGUGGCAGUGAAUACAGUUGUGAAGGACUCUCAGCUCUACCUUACUGGUGCUGUAUACAGCUUGGAUGGUUCUGAUUCUCUGAAGGAGACAAUGCAGAGUUGCAUAAACUUCCCACAGCAAGAAGUGGAAGGACCCAAUGAUGAUGUGCAGCAUGUUGGUAUCACAGCCCUAGGUGUUUCACACCAAGCUUUGGAAUCUGCAGAAUGUUUAGGUACAGGGUUGGCAGACUUGCUGUUAAGCAAAGGUGCUAAAGAAAUCUUAACUGUGGCGCGGCAGCUAAAUGAUUCUAGAUAAUGGAGAGAGACGGAACAGCCAAAAAGCCACUAAACUUGACUACUGCUAGAGGCCUGUAACAUCAAGAAAUAUGUGCUUUGUUCAUGAUAUGCAGAAAAGGCUAAAUUCUGUCAGGGGGGCAGAUAAAUUCUUCUUUGGGCCCCAGGCUGAACCCCACCCCCUCCUACUCCAGCCUCAGUCCUACUCCUGCUCCACUUAACCCACAUUCUUCCCCAGUCCCACAACACUUGGCCCCCUGGGAAUUAUGGGCCCUGGGAGGUUUCAGGUCUCAGAUGGGCCAUAUGGAGACCCACCACUGAAAUCAGUUUUAUAUGGUAUUCGAUUAUAUAACUUAACAAGUUAAUGUAUAUUAAAAAAGCUCUUAUAUUUUACUAUUUAAAUGGGGUCUUGUUCGUUUAAACAAAAGGUUGCAGCCUUUUUAGAGAAGAAACCAAACAAUUCUUCAUAUUAUGAAAUAGACAUAGAUCAAUGAUUAUGUUACACAAUACACCCAGAAGCAGAAUUCUUCACAAAUGUAUGCUGCUCUGACAAUAGAAUGAUUUGGAUUGUAAUUUUUCAUCAGUGUUAUGGGAUAAUGUUUUUGGUAUUUUUUGCAAUUAUCCAUUGUAGAAAGUUAUAUUUGGCUGAAUAUUAAACAAAUGUAGAUUUA